CUUUACCUUUUCUGGUUCAGUGUCCUCUCCUUGCAAUCUUGCAUCUGGUGUGCUUUUUUUUUUCUUUACCUUUUUGGUUCACAAAUCACAAUCAUUGUCCUCAUGGAUUCACCUUCUUUGAACAUAGCAAUGUAUCCAUGGCUAGCUCUUGGUCAUCAAACUGCAUUCAUGCAACUAUCCAACAAGCUAGCCAAAAAAGGCCACAAAAUCACUUUCUUCACCCCCCCAAAAGCACAAACCAAGUUAGAGCCAUUCAAUCUCCACCCUCAUCUUAUCACCUUCAUCACCAUCACCAUUCCUCAUGUUGAAGGCCUACCUCCUAAUGCAGAAUCCACCUCAGAUGUGCCUUACCCUUUAGCAACACACAUCAUGACUGCCAUGGAUCUAACACAGCCUGAUAUAGAAGCUCAUCUCUGCAACCUCAAACCUGACAUUGUCCUCUAUGAUUUCACUCACUGGAUGCCAAAGUUGGCUAGAGGUUUGGGCAUCAAAGCUGUGCAUUACUGUACUAUUAGCUCUGUCAUGGUGGGUUACACUCUCACCCCAGCAAGGUACCAUAGAGCAACCAACCUAACUGAAUUUGACAUCAUGCAGCCUCCUCCAGGGUACCCUGGUUCAUCCAUCACUCUGCAUGCACAUGAAGCACGAGCCUUUGCUGCAAAAAGGAAAGAAACUUAUGGCAGCAAUGUUCUUUUCCAUGAUCGCCAGUACAUUGCUUUUACUGAAGCUGAUGCGUUGGGAUACAGAAGUUGCAGAGAAAUUGAAGGACCUUACCUUGAUUACAUAGAAAGCCAGUUCAAGAAACCUGUGCUUCCCUCAGGACCAGCUAUACUGGAGCCACCAAAGUCUGGUUUGGAUGAGAAAUGGGCUUCAUGGCUUGCAGGGUUCAAACCAGGUUCAGUAGUUUAUUGCUGUUUUGGAAGUGAAUGCAAUUUAAGGCCAGAUCUAUUCAAGGAACUAGUGCUUGGUCUUGAGCUCACAGGUAUGCCAUUCUUGGCAGCUUUGAAACCCCCCUUUGGGUUUGAGUCUGUUGAAGCAGCACUACCAGAGGGGUUUCAAGAGAGGGUUAAAGGAAGAGGGGUUGUGCAUGGUGGAUGGGUUCAGCAGCAAUUGAUUUUGGAACACCCUUCUGUGGGGUGCUUUGUUACUCAUUGUGGAUCAGGCUCUUUGUCAGAGGCAUUGGUGAAUAAGUGUCAAUUGGUGCUGUUACCAAAUGUUGGUGACCAGAUCCUCAAUGCGAGGAUGAUGGCCAACAACUUGCAAGUUGGGGUGGAAGUGGAGAAAGGUGAAGAAGAUGGAUUGUAUACUAAGGAGAGUGUCUGCAAAGCUGUGAGCAUUGUGAUGGAUGAUGAGAAUGAAACCAGCAAAAAAGUCAGGGAUAACCAUGCUAGGAUUAGAGAGACACUGCUCAACAAAGAUUUAGAGUCUUCUUAUAUUGACAAUUUCUGCAAAAAGCUUCAAGAGCUUGUUGAUGAAAAACCCAACUUUUGAUCAGAGCAAUGCAAGUUGUGCUUGGUGAUAAAUAAUUUAAGUUAGAUUGGUCUCUUUAGGAUUCACGUGUUGUGCCAUGUGUGUUAUAGAUAUGUGAAUUGCAUUGGUUGAGAUUAUGUGGUCAAUGGUCAUUGCUCAUGCAGAGUUGUUUAAGCCUAAAAGUUCAAUUCAAGCUGUUCUUGCAUUGUGUGCAUGUAAUAGUACUGAGCUUGUAAACUUUUUCUUGUGUAAUAAAUGUGUUACUUCCAAAUUGUCCCAAAGAAUAGGAUCUGGUUCCCCCCUGCACCUGGACAUGGUGACAACUAAAAUGUCCAAUCAUGUCCAGAACUGAUAUGUAUCCCUUUCUUGUGUUAUAAAUGUGUUACUUC